AAAACACCGGGAAUCCACACACCACACUCUUCAGUAAGCACAACCCAAGGCAACAAGAGCAUCCUCACCACCACAACACCAUAGACCAAUUCGCUUGCCAGCAAAGAGACAUGGCUCCCUCGGCCCUCCUGCCCACGCCUCCCUCGCCGAUUUCAGUGCCGGACCCCGUCCCCCGGAUCCUCGUGCCGGAGAGGCUCUCCCCCGAGGGUCUCGCCCUCCUCCGCUCGAGCGGCUUCAAGGUGGACACGCCUCCGCCGCCCCCGAGCCCGGAAGCGCUGCUGGCGCAGAUCCCGGCCUACGACGCGCUGAUCGUCCGGUCCGAGACCAAGGUGACGGCGGGGGUACUGGCGGCGGCGGGGCGGCGGCUGCGGGUGGUGGCGCGGGCCGGGGUGGGCGUGGACAACAUCGACGUCGACGCGGCGACGGCGCGGGGCGUCGUGGUGGUCAACAGCCCGAGCGGCAACGUGGUGGCGGCGGCCGAGCACACGAUCGCGCUGCUGCUGGCGUGCGCGCGCAACGUCUGCCGCGCCGACGCGGGCAUGAAGGCCGGCCGCUGGGAGCGCGGACGCCUCGUCGGCGUCGAGAUCGCCCGCAAGACCCUCGGCGUCGUCGGCCUCGGCAAGGUCGGCAUGAAGGUCGCCCGCAUGGCCAAGGGCCUCGGCAUGCGCGUCCUCGUCUUCGACCCGUACGCGAGCAAGGAGGUCGCCGGCCAGGCCGGCGUCGAACUGAGGGACGAGCUGGGCGUGCUGCUGCCUGAGGUGGACUUCUUGACGGUGCAUACGCCGCUGCUGGUGAGCACGGCAAACCUGCUCGGGGAGAAGGAGCUGCGGUCGAUGAAGAAGACGGCGCGGGUGCUGAACGUGGAGAGAGGAGGCGUGUACAACGAGGAGGCGCUCCUCAGGGCCCUGGACGAGGGCUGGAUCGCGGGUGCCGGGCUGGACGUGUUCACUUCGGAGCCGCCGGUCGAGGGUUCGGUCGCCGCGAAGCUGGCUGCGCAUCCCAAGGUCGUGAGCACGCCCCAUCUCGGAGCGAGCACGGUCGAGGCGCAGGAGAAUGUCUCGAUCGACGUGUGCACCCAGGUGGUAGAGAUCCUUAAAGGGGGGCUACCGACAGCGGCGGUGAAUGCACCCUUGAUCCUACCGGAAGAGUAUCGCCGACUGCAGCCUUUUGUUCGACUAGUCGAGCGCAUGGGCAGCCUGUACACGCAGCACUUUGCCGAACGUGGCGGCAUGGUCGGCGGCCGCCGCUUCGAGCUUGUGUACCACGGCGAGCUGGCCGGCAUGAACAACACUCGCCCGCUGUUCGCCGCCCUGGUCAAGGGACUGGUGAGCUCCAUCAGCGACCUCGGCGGGCGGGAUGUCAACAUUGUCAACGCAACGCUCGUCGCCCGCGAGCGCGGCAUCGCCAUUGACGAGAAACACGUGCGGGACGGCGGCACCGUGCCGCCGGUGUACGCGAGCGCCGUGACGCUGCGCAGCCUGGCGCCCGGCCAAGAGGGCGGCGAGCAGGUGAUUGAGGGCUACGUGAGCGGCAACGCCAUCUUCAUCUCCAAGCUCGACCGCUUCCGGGCCAACUUUGUGCCCGAGGGGACGUUGCUCGUGCUGCACAACUACGACGAGCCGGGCAAGAUCGGCAAUGUCGGCAUGGUGCUGGGCAAGCAUGGCGUCAACAUCAACUUCAUGCAGGUUGCUGCGCUGGAGAGCGGGACUGACAAGGCCGCCGCCGCCGCAGCUCCUCCUGUGGUUGACCGGCUCGUCGACUCCGAGAGCCGUGCUGCGAGGGAGGCGCUCAUGAUCCUGGGCGUUGCGGGGGACAUCACCGAGGAGCUGCUCGGAGAGUUGGGCAAGGCCGACGGCAUUCUCCACGUCAGUCUGGUCCGCCUGUGAUGAGGUAGUCGCCGUUCGCGAUCAAUGGUCUUCUCAUCAUCUUCUUUCGCUGCUUUCUGGUUCUGCGCACUUCGGGUCAUCUUGAUGAGGUUAUGACACAUAUAAGGUAUGUGCCGGUGCGGAACAAAUAUGCAGUAAUCUGUUCCCCGCUUCAGGUCCACGGUGUCCUUGGUAUCGUGCUCGGGGAGGUACACUAAGGAUAUAUACGGAGCACUCCG